UCGAGCAAAGAGGACUCAUCGCGACUCGCCGAUCCCCAUUUCUCCCGUCUCCUUCAGAGUUCGAUUCCGAGAUGGCGUCGAAGUUGCACCAGCUUCGGUCGAAGGCUGUUCAAGCCUCGGAGUUCAUUGCCAAGCAUGGAAGCACUUACUACAAGGAACUGUUGGAGAAGAACAAGCAGUACAUUGUUCAACCGCCAACCAUCGAGACGUGCCAAGAUCUGUCGAAGAAGCUCUUCUAUACACGCCUUUCAAGCAUUCCUGGUCGUUACGAGUCAUUCUGGAAGGAGCUUGAUGGCGUGAAGCACAUCUGGAGAAACAGGCAGGAUCUGAAAGUUGAGGAUGUCAGCAUCGCUGCCCUGUUUGGGCUUGAGUUAUAUGCAUGGUCCUGUGUUGGCGAGAUCGUGGGAAGAGGAUUCACUUUCACAGGCUACUACGUCUGAAUGAGUCUGACUUCUGGAUCCCAAUAAGUUUAAUUUCUUCUUAGAUGCUCAAGCUUCUGACCUCAUUUUACAUGCACAAUUUUGUUCACCCGAUACAUUUUCUUAAACUGGUGGUCAGCAAAACAAGCAUAGUUGCCGCAAUAAUCUGCUGGCUUGUACCUCUUCUGUCAGUGUUUCAUGCAUUGGCUGUUGUCGGACACUUGCACUAUCUCAACCCCCAAUUCUACGGAAAGCCCCUCAAUGUGAGUAGACAUAUGUACGUCCGGACUCGACUGCCAAUCUGCAGGUAUGUUCGAUGAUCAUGUGCAAUAUAUAUUUCAAGAUUAUUAA